AUGCCUGCCAUGAUUAAGUUCCCCUCCCAUUUUGAUCGCAGAGCUAUAGUGGAGGUCAAACCUCUACUUGUUGGAAUUCAUAAGCGAGUGAGGAGUGAUAUCGUGGCCCAUGAACCUCCAUCAUCAGUUCCAAGCACUAUAGAUGAGGGAGGAAAGUGUGUUCCAACUGCUACCAAUCCUAGUGCAGAAGAUGCUGCAGAGCUAUUGAGGAUGUGCCUGCAAUGUGGAGUACCCAAGACAUUCUCUAAUACAUGUGGAAUGGUCUAUCCUAUUUAUGGUGAUCGCCCACCCAAUGACACUAGCAACGAAUCCAAGAAGAAGGGAUCUGUUAUCAAAGACAAGGAAAAAAGUAAGAGGAUGAAGGGCCAGUCAUCUCAUACUACUUGGAAAAGUGAGAUAGAGAUGCAACUUAGGCAGCAGUUUGAUUAG